UCGUCUUAUCUUUAUGAUGUCAUGUUUACAGGUGCAAGAGAAUUCCCCAGGUCACCGUGCAGGACUGGAGCCAUUCUUUGAUUUUAUCAUAUCCAUUUGUGAUACUAGACUGAACAAGGACAACGACACACUAAAAGAGCUGCUCAAGAUGAACGUGGAGAGGCCCGUUCAGAUGCUGCUGUACAGCAGCAAGACGCUGGAAGUGAGGGAGACCACAGUAACACCCAGCAGCAUGUGGGGGGGGCAGGGACUUCUAGGAGUCAGCAUUCGCUUCUGCAGCUUUGAAGGAGCCAAUGAAAAUGUCUGGCAUGUCCUGGAGGUGGAGCCAAACUCUCCGGCAGCCCUGGCUGGUUUGAGGGCUCACACAGACUACAUCAUCGGAGCAGACAUGGUCAUGACUGAGAGUGAAGAUCUGUUCUCCAUCGUUGAAACCUACGAGGGGAAAGAGUUAAAGCUUUACGUUUACAACACAGACACGGACAAUUGCCGUGAGGUGCUCAUCACUCCAAACUGUGACUGGGGCGGAGAAGGCAGUCUAGGAUGUGGGAUUGGCUAUGGCUACCUGCACAGGAUACCUACAGUGCCAUUUUCAGAGGGAAAGAGGGUCAGUUUCCCUUCACAGCCUACCAGCGAGAUAUGUCCUCCACCUAAAGAUGGUUUCACAGAGGUUCAUCUCUCUGCUGUCGUUCCAACUGUUCCUGUUGCGGUGUCUCCUCCUGCACCGACUGGAUUAGAGCAGUCUCUCGCUGGGUUGUCUGUCAGCUCUGACCUGACUUCAGUUGUUAGCAGUCUACAGACAGGAGCUCCUACUCUCCAAGUGCUCAGUCAAGCCCCCUCACAAAGUGUUCCCCCAUCUGCUGCCACACUACCAGGUUUAAUGCCCUUACCAGGAGGCCUUCCACCACUUCCUUCUUUACCAAAUCUUAAUUUCACCUUGCCAGACAUGAGCCAUGUACUCCCACCUGGAGUGAGUGGAUUACAGCACGCAGGUGGUCCACCUCUCGCCCUGCAUGGAGGGGUCCCUGCUGUGACUUUACCCCCAUCAGACUUUAUUCUUCCCCCCAUCACUCCUAAUGCAGCUCCUGCUGUCACACAGGACACUCCAUCUCUCUCCUUCAAGCCCCAAACGAACAAUUCACUCACCGCUACCCCCCUCACAUCUCCAAUGACCGCCUGUGAAUCCAUAAAUAUCACAAUGUCUGCUGACUCAUCUUAGCAGAGAGCGCAUUCUAAGUUGCCAGCAACCUUAUAAGUCUUAACUCAAUAGAGCCAGUUCGGCUACAUUGAACAACUUUUCCUAUACACUGUUAGGAUUUUUUAAAGCUACAUUGCUGCACAUCUCACAUGCAGCAAAACCAAAGCUUUCUCUUGAAUGUUUCCAUAUACUGCAGUCCUGUAUCUGAAGUACAUUUUAUUUCAGCAGAGUUCAAACAUACACUGGGUUACAGAACUUUAAAAUGUCAAGUAUAUGAGGGAGCAGGUUACUUUCGACGUGCAAGUCUGUAUCUUUGCUUCUUUUUUCACUUCUACUACAGAGCCUCUGAAAGUUGGAUUUGGAAUUGGUUGUCUGAACUACUUUUGCUGAACGUAUCCAGUUGAAACUGAGUGCCAGCUUUGCACAAUCUGCAGAUUUUACUGAGAGGAGAGAUGACCUAACAUUUUAUAUUGUUAAAUGAGCUUUCCUCUUUCAAAAGCAGAGCUCUGACUGUACACAGCCUCUGCUGAUUGAAUCUGUUGCUGCUGUAAUAGCUCAGACUAGGGCUACAUUUGAAGUGCAUAUUUUUGUGUACAUAUUUACUGAAAGCUACAUUUUCAGCUUGGUCUCUCUAAAUAUGAAAAGGAAUGCAAAAAGGGAUUGUGAAAAUACAAAAGCACUCCAGAAAAACAGUAACCUUUUAUGGGCUCUGUAAACUACUCGAGGUCUGUGGGUUUGGAUGGGUUCAUGAUAUACUACUUGGUAUUUAUCUUUAUAAAAGCAAGUUUACUUGCUAUCACUGUAGCCAUUAAAUCUACUAAAAGGUUUUGGUUUUGUACAAAAAUAUUAUUUGUAAAGUUGCCUUGAUUAAACUAAUGUAUUUUAUCUA